UCGACGUAAAAUUGAAAUAUUCUCAGAAAUACACGAUGAAAAAGAAUUCGAGAGUGUACUCGAAAGCCACCCUGAUACUCUCAUUUAAUAAGAAAACAACUAAAGUCUUUAGAGGCGUGGAUGCUAUCAGAAUGGCGGAGGUAGCCAAGAAAGAGAUUUAUUAUUUCAAAAUGGAGCUUGGUGGGGCUUGCUUUGACAGACCGAUGUACGAAUUAGACGAGCCUACUCCAGAUGAAAUGGAAUGGAUCACAACUCGCAAAGCUGAGAUAAAGCUCGAUACUGUGAAUGCACACGCUCGGAGAGAAGCUCGCCAAGCGUCUCGUAAGAAGCACAGAGCAGAGCUGAUGGUGCCACAUCUGCAGCACCUGAACUUCGUGCUGUAUUGGCCCCACACUACUCACGCACAUUUUGAGUUGUACGAACGCUGGGACUUGAACAAUAUCGUUAUGGUGGGUCGCGAAGAACUGCUCCUGACUAAGGAGAAGGCAGAAGACAUUUUGUACGCUGGAGAUGCCCCAAUCAACGAGGCGUCGAUGCACAAGCUGCUAUCUGGCCCCGCUUUGGCCAUCUGCUUUCGGUUGCUUGACACGGACAAGCAUUUUGUGUCAUUGGUUCGCAAGAUUCUUUACGAGGAGAUACCUCAAAUUGACAAUGAGAAGCUGUUGAGUGACCAACCUCCCCGCAAGACUGCCUUCGACCGGUACAAGUCUUACAGCCUAUCUAAAGAAGAGAUUUUGCAGCUGCGGAGAGAGGAAAAGAUAAAAAGACAGGAAGAGGAGCUAAUGAAACGAGCUCGGCGUUUGUCCGAAAUGCAAAGACUGGCUCGACAAGCUCAGGACGACGCCGUUGAAGCGAAAAGAUUGGAGAAGGAACAGCGGAAACUGCAACUGCUAAAAGCCGGGAACUUAAAUGCGUUAGAUCAGAUAGACGAAGAGCCCGAAGACGAAAUCGAUAUUGUCAUACCUGAGGAGUUGCCGGAAGAGAUUGAGGAGGAGAGCGAAGAAGAAAACGAUGAUGAAUACUUCCCUCCAGCUGGAUUACUUGUACCAGGCCUAUAUGCACCACCCAACGAUAUCGCCAAAGCGAAUGGACUGGCCAUACUUUUCCCAAGGCUGGUGAUGGAAUGUGUGACGCCGCAACCAGAGUUUCUUCCACCACAUGUGCUGGUAAUGCUGGCGAUAGGCCAGCGGUAUACCGCCGUCGAGGCAAUGCAAAGACAUAAGAAUGCCAUCAUCCAUAUGGGGAUAUUUAAAGCGACCACGCCAUUCGACGCCAAACACGUCGCCUACAGCGUGAAACAGUAUGACCAGCUCGACAUGGCCGUAAAUGAAAGCGAGUUAAGAAUAGCCUUCAUGGUUUCCAUAAAGAUUGACCUCCCAUUGCUGGAGCUGAUGGAUUUGAACCCACUGUAUGUCAGUCGGGACUCUAUUAGCGGAGAGGAGGAGUGCGCAGCCAUGUUCCCUGUGGGUUAUGCUGAUGAAUACCCUGAGUUUGAGGACUUUGGCAAUCUUACUAUCCGCAAAACGACGGAGGAUGUAAAUUCACGGAUUUAAU